GCCAGCAUGGCAUCGGUGGAGGCUCUCGCGUCGGCGCAGGCCGGGGCAGACUGGCGCCGACGCAACUCGGCGAGCUCGGACGACGCCGCCCUGCACGCAGCCACGGUCGACUUGAAGGACGGCUUCCACCAGUUCAAGAGCCCGCAUUUGUCUGAGUGGUUCGCGCUCGACGUGCCGGGCGUCCGCGCGAUGGACCUUGGCGCGCAGCAGGUCUACGGCGGCGACGCGGGCUCCUGUGUCGAGGCUGCCCCCGACGACUACGCGUGGCCGGCUUGCAGCGGGCCGUCGAUGGGUUGGUCUUGGGCUCUCUGGAUCUGCCACGAGUCGCUGGCCCAUGCGACGAGGUCCUCUGCGGACCCCCACGACGCCGCGGUUCUGGACAAGGCGCCGGCGGUGCGCUUGGAGCGGGACAUGGCGGGGGGCUUCCCGCGCGCCGACAACGCCGGCAUCAUCGGGGUCGAGCGCGACCUCGUCCGCGCCAGGCUCGAGCGCAUGACGGCGGCCCUCGACCUGCUGGGGCUGAAGUGGCACGAGGCAGGGCGCGGGCGUCGAGGUGGAGAUCCGGGGCGUCUUCGGCCCAAGCAGAAGCGCCUCUGGCGACUGGGCGGCGGCCUGACAUUCCUCCUGAAGUGGCGGAAGGCUGCAGGCUGGCAGAUACCUGCUGUCCUGGGCCACCUGGUGUCCUUCUUCCAGCUGCUGACGCCGGGGCCCUCUGUCUUCCGCGCGCCGUGCGACUUCGCCCGGCAGUACCUCGGGGAGAUGAGGGGGCUGCCGACGGCCGCGUUGCACGUGCAGAGGGUGGCCAGAUCGUUCCUUUUCAUGUCCGCGGGCCGCUGGUGGCCGCCGCCCUGCCCCGUCGCGCUCAUGACCGGCGCUUCCACGAAGGGCCGCGCGCUCCAGGAGACCGACGCGACGCCCGACGAG